CUAAUACAACACCCCCAUGUAACUGAGCAAUAGUUUGUCCCAAAACCAUCUGACCUGUAUCACAUGAUUGUAUUGCCUUUCAGUGACAGACAUUUUGAAAACAAACUGAUGUCAGCAGCAGAGAAACAGCGAAGAUACCGGGCUCGACGCGAUGCUGAUCCCUCAAGAAGGGCACAAUAUUUAGAAAAGCAAAGAGAGGCCUGGUACAGACUAAUAAGACAUGGAAAAGUGAAACCAGUCGCAGAGUUGAGUGAGAGCGAGAAACAAAGCAAGAGAGACCAAUGGAGAAAAGCACAACAGAGAAGAAGACAAAGAAAACGAAUGCUAGACAUGAUUAGUACAAAAGACAGCAAUGAAUUUGAGCAGCUACCUACAGAAUCAAGGAGUCGAAUGGCCUCUGUUGUUACAGUGAAGACAGAGAAGCGUCCUUCCCAUGACUCUGAGGAUGGCGACACAGUGGCUAAGAAGGCCAGGAAGUUGUUGCCCAGCCUGAAGACCAAGCGCGCCCCUGAGCUGGUGCUGGUGAUCGGCACGGGGGUGAGUUCAGCCGUAGCUCCUCAGGUGCCUGCGCUGCGCUCCUGGAAAGGUCUGAUCCAGGCGCUGCUAGAUGCUGCCAAUGACUUUGAUCUGCUUGAGGAGGAAGAGAGCCGCCGCUUCCAGAAAAGUCUGCAAGAGGACAAGAACCUGGUGCAUGUUGCUCAUGACCUUAUCCAGAAACUUUCACCGAAUGCCGCUGUGUGCUUGUGUGUGCAGGUUCUGGAGUGGGCUCAGGAGAAGAGAAGACUGAGCGUACUCCAUAUUCACGGUGUUUACACAAACCCCAGCGGCAUCGUACUGCAUCCUGCUGGCUACCAGAACGUUCUGAGGAACACAGAAGUCAUGAGGGAGAUCCAGAAACUCUAUGAAACCAAGUCUUUUGUGUUCCUGGGCUGUGGGAGGACAGUGGAUGACACUACCUUCCAGGCCCUGUUUCUCGAGGCGGUCAAACACAAGUCUGACCUUGAGCAUUUCAUGCUGGUGCGGCGAGAGGAUGUGGGCGAAUUCAAGAAGCUCCGUGACAACAUGCUAGACAAGGGCAUUAAGGUCAUCUCAUACGGCAACGAAUACGCCGACCUGCCGGAGUACUUCGAACGACUGGCCAAUGAGAUUUGCAACCGGGAUGUGGAUCGCGACGUGGUAACCAAUGGCUGGGGAUCUCCCAUCUCACAAGGCGAAGAAAGUCAUAAUGGCUUUACGACCCAGAAAAACCUCCUGCAAGUGCAUGCUUCUAGAACGAUAGAAACAUGAAUACAGCACAAGGGCUUCUGUUGUUGUUUUAUACUCCCCUUCCCACUGUACUCCUCUGCACCCGUGGCUUCCCGUGAUGAAAUCAGCUGAUGCGCACUGUGUUGUAACGAGACCUUCAUUGUAGCUCUUCCUCUUUCCCUGUCCAGACUACCACUCGUGACACAAGUGGCAGUCUGGAAACAUUUCCACAGCUCCGCCGCCCCCUUCCGCUCGGAUCUGGUAUGACUAGAUCUUCACGCACAGCAGACUCAUUUCUCAUACUUAAACCGAGCGCCGCCAGUACCGCUUCGCUUCACACGGGAAAGGCGUCAGUAAAAGCACCACCAAGCAAACUGUGAACUCCUGCAACUCGGAAAAUGUUUAUGAAACUCUUCAUGUGAGUGAGGGAGAUUUUUUUUUAUGUGGUUUUAAGUGAAGUGUGGACCAAGAAUGAUGUUCAGGGAAGUCUGAUCUUAAACGUGAGCUGUCAAAUACCAAAACAUUUGAACAGGACUGUUAGUAAUGCAAUCUCACUUCCCAUUCUUCACAUCAGUAAAUGCACCAGCAAUAUUAAAAUGGGGAUUGUGUGAACCUCACAAAAUGAUCACGAAAUGUCCAUGUCAUAUUUCAUCCCUAAAUAAGUGUGUAUAUACUGUUAACUGUUAACAUGGUUAAUUUUGCAUUGCACCAUAUUUUUAUCACACUGCCCACCUUCAAAUUCGGAUUACCGUAAUGUGAAAAAUCCCUCAUUAAAUAAAAAAUAGCAUUUGC